UAUAAAUUCUGAAAAACUUCUACUCAGUCGUCGAUCUGUUAUUGAAUAGGCUGACAGCAGCUGCACAUGAUCAAGACACCUGUUCAUGGAAGAAGAUGCAUGUCGAGGACCACAUUCACCCGCCCACAAAAAUUGUCCACAACUCCAGGAGUAUAAUCGGUGAAGAACGACGAGUUGAAAGCGCACCGCAAGUAGCUUUUCGUCCGAGUUCGCGAGGGACGCGUUUUAUUCUUGCGGAGGACGAGAACUUGUUUACUAUUUCUUGAAGAACAGGUGAAACACGUGUGCACGUCGACCUGCAGGUCUUGCAGUGAAAACAUGGCGAGCUUCAUCCCGAGCAGCCGGCAUUAUCUGCAGAACGCCGUGCAGAACUUGUUCGAAAAAAACUUACAGCUGGCCACGGAGGAGGCAGAACAGCGCGGAGCGGACAUCCAGCAGUAUUACGAAAACCGGCCGUAUAUGCCUCGCAAAAGCAUUGUCGCCGUUCUUGUCCUACUGUACUACUAGCGGAAGGCGCAUGACAAACUUGCUCAACAUGAGGAAAGGGGUUUCUCAUGCGUAUUUUCCCAAACACAGAGGUUUUGUAAUUGUAUAGCAAUAUUUGCAACGAACAGCACGGUAGCGUCGAUACUUUUGCAAAGGAUACCGUACGAGUGGGGUCCGAAGCUAGACAAGCUGAACGAAGAUGGCGUCAUUUUGUCUCCGCCAGACAAGAAAGACUACAUCAACCUGCCCCUCGUGAAGACGAUUCAAAACCCCAACAACCCGUACUCCCGAAACCCCAAGUCCGACAAUUUGAUCCUGAAUCCAGGGAAAACGGAGGAGAUAUGCAUGGCAACAGUAUUGUUAUCGUAGUCGUACUAGUAGAAAUUAUCGCAUGACAAAUGUCGUCAGCAUGAGAAAUAGAAUUUUUCAUUCUGAUGCGCGUUGGAAAGGAGAUUUAUCGUGCAUAAUUGCAAUUACUAUCUACGAAUACGAUGCUUUUGCACAUGAUAGCAGAACCGGCGGAACAAGUUCGAGAAACUGGUAAACUGGAGCAAAGAGAAUCUACACGACAAAAACAAUAUCCACUGCAAAAGUAAAAGUAUCGUACUAGUCCAGCUAGUGGUGAUUGCAUAUACAAAUUUGCUUGGCAUGACAAAUGGAAUUUGUAUGUAAUGCUGUUUUACCUUAGCCUUAGGAAGGUGGGAGAUCUGUGAUGCAUAACUGCAAUUAAUAGUACAACGAGUGCGAUAUUACUUUUGCAGUGCAUGAACAAGUUUGACGUGGACAGCACCAAGACGGAGGAUUUGGGCAAUAUGCUGCGUUACUUUCGGGAAAACGUGCCCUUUGCCCAGAAACAGAAGAUAGCCAAGCGGCUGCUGGAUGAAGCCAAGGCGAGCAUAUUCGAUAUCCAAGUGGGGGAGAACUUUUGUCUGGCAUAGCAUGAUUUACAUAGGGUGAUGUGCAUCUUCAAGGUGGAUUGUGCUUUUGUUAUUUCUGACAUCAGAUAGGUGGGCAGUAUCAGCUUCAGCACACAGUAAGAAGCUGCGCUGGCCACAAGCUUUCAAUCACAAGAUGUGAUUACACAAGGCUGUAUUGGUGCCUUGUCAAGGCACCAAUUUUUACACAGCAGCAAGGUCGUGCAAUGUCCAAACAAUUUUCUUCAUCUACGUUGGAUACCUGGCUUAGAAGAGUUCCGAGCGCCGAUACCGAUUCCUGGAGGGAUACGAAAUGGCUUUGCAGAGGACAAGUUCUUUGAGUUGUCAAAUCUUUAUGAAGGGGGCUAGUUUGUCAUGCAAUGGAUGCAUGACCAUGAGAGGGCGCCUUCACAGCUGCACGCUAAGACGGACCUGCUGGUGCACGGGAUAAUUUUCAUCGUGCUUUUGCAUCGUUCGACACGUUUAGGUGUUUGAAUACAAUGGCACCGACGCAAAGAGCUUUUUUCCUUCAUACCCGCGGCAGAACGUCGCGUACCCGAAAAUGGAGGAGUUUUUUUGAAGAAUGAAGCAACACUACAGUGUAUAGACAAUGCGAUCAAUGAAUUGCACCAGCACCAGACUCGAUAGAAUCAAACUCGCCUGGUCUCCUUCUUGUUCUCUUCCCGUCGAGGAUGAGGAUGACG